AUGCCCAAGGCAAAGCACGAGCACCCCCCUGCUCGCCGUCGCACCCUCUCAGAUCCCCUCGCCGCCGCCCUCCUCCCGCCACCCAAUGAGUCGCCCAUCGAGCGCGAGCUCCGUCUCAAGGCAGAGAUCGACGCAAAGAAGGUCAGCGAUUCCAUCGAUGACAUGAUUCGUCAGGAGAGGAACGACAGAAAGAAGUCGAGGGCAGAGGUCAAUGUCCUCCUCCUCGGCCAGUCGGAGUCGGGUAAAAGCACAACUCUCAAGCAAUUCCAAUUACUGCACUCCCCAUCGGCAUUUCACGCAGAGAGGAUAGCUUGGAGAGCAGUUAUUUAUUUAAAUCUUGUCCGUUCUAUCAGGCGCAUAUUGGACGCCCUUGAGCCAGAAUCUGACGCUUUUGAUGACCAUGACGAUGUCGACACAUACGAAACCGCCGCUGUCAUCAUCACUUCCAGCGGUCGACCCCCAUCGGCCAUCUUGGGAACUCGUGUGUCCAACUACGAUUCCUAUCGACGGCGCCUCGAGCCACUAGUGGAACUCGAAGAACGCCUCACCCGUUUGCUUUCUGCGCCUGAAGAAGACGAGCCUACUCAUCUUGGUCCCUCUCGUCCGGGUUGGGAUCAGUAUUCGACCAUGCACAGCAACGACAAUGGUCCGAUGUCACCCAGGUUUGCCACUCAUGGGUUCCCGAAUGGUCGACCAGCGCCGACCAUCACGAUUCCCCAGAAGAAGCAAAGCUCUUCUACCAUCAGUCGAACACGCAGCAACCAGGCUAUAUCCUCGAGUAACGGCGUCAAGGAAGUCGAAGUUCAUAUUUCCAAGAACUGGAAACGGGCUUUCACUCUCGGGAGCAAGUCCAAGAGUCCUAAAAGCGCGCAUUCUGGGGAAAUCGAGGGGUGGUGGGAAGACCCAGAUGACCCAGUGCAUACUCUAAACGCAUGCGCCCCCGUGAUGCAAGAGCUGUGGCGGGACCCACAAGUCCGAAAACGCCUCCAAGAAAAGCGACUGCGUUUGGAGGAAAGCAGUGGAUUUUAUUUGGACGAAAUUCCAAGAAUAACCGCAAAAAAGUAUAUUCCCACCGACCCGGACGUCCUGAAAGCUAGGUUAAAGACUACUGGUGUCGUUGAGCAUACUUUCUCGAUAUCUUCUGGGAGUAACAGAGGCGUGGAAUGGCGCAUAUACGAUGUAGGUGGUUCACGGAAUCAACGUCAAGCGUGGGCACCGUACUUCGAGGAUGUGAAUGCCAUCAUUUUUCUCGCACCUAUCUCGGUCUUUGAUCAAGUCCUUGCUGAGGACUCUCAUGUGAAUCGAUUGGAGGAUUCGCUGGUACUUUGGAAAUCCGUGGUGUCAAACAAGCUGCUGUCAAAUGUCAACAUCGUCCUUUUCCUUAACAAGGUCGAUCUCUUGCAGGCCAAGCUAGAAGCCGGUGUCAAGCUUAAUCAUUACAUGAUUUCCUACGGUGACAGACCCAACGACUAUGAACACAUCUCAAAAUAUUUCCGAAACAAGUUCGGUGUCAUCCACCAGUCAUAUACACCCAACAAAGAGCGGGAACUUUAUAUUCACUUCACAGCCGUCACUGACACAAGAAGAACGGCCACCAUUAUCUCGACAGUCCGCGAUAUCAUCAUCAAAGGAAACCUUCGCAAUAUGAGGCUAGUUUGA